AUGAUUAUAUCAUAUUUUCCAAAAUGUGGUACCAAUUUAGCCAUCUUUGUCCUGAGUGUUGGUGCACUGGACACUCUUAUCGCUGCAGUGUAUGAGCAUGCUGUUAUGUUACAAAACAGAACAGAAACUCCUGAGCCAGCACUCUGGUUUGGCUGCAGCCCAGUGCAAGAAAGGCUCAGCUGUCUGGCCAAGGACAACUCUAUCUACAUUGUGGCAAAUAUUGGGGAUGAGAAGCCAUGCAAUGCCAGUGACCCUCAGUGUCCCCCUGAUGGUCGUUACCAAUACAACACUGAUGUGGUGUUUGAUUCUGAGGGUAGGCUGGUGGCCCCCUACCACAAGUACAAUCAUUUUGCACCUGAAAUUCAAUUUGAUUUCCCCAAGGACUCAGAACUUGUGCCUUUUGACUCUCCCUUUGGGAAGUUUGGCAUUUUCACUUGCUUUGACAUUUUUUCUCAUGACCCAGCUGUGAUGGUGGUGGAAGAGUUUCAGGUUGACAGCAUUCUCUACCCCACAGCCUGGUACAACACGCUGCCCCUCCUCUCGGUGGUCCCCUUCCACCUGGCAUGAGCCCGAGCCCUGGGAGUCAACCUGCUUGCUACCAAUACCCACAACACGAGCAUGCACAUGACACAAAGUGGAAUCUGCUCACCGGAGGCUGUCAAGAUGUAUUACUAUGAAAUGGAAACAGAGAGUGGCCAGCUGAGGCUCUCAGAAUUGAAGUCCCGGCCUUGAAGAGAACCCAGUUACUCUGCAGCUGUUCACUGGAGUGCUUAUGCCAGAGGUGUCAAGCCAUUCUCAUCUGAACGGUUGAAUUUUCCAGGGAUGAUUUAUUUUGAUGCGUUCACCUUCACCAAGCUUAAGAGAAACACAGGAAAUUACACAGUUUGUCAGAAAGACCUGUGCUGUCACUUAACUUACAAGAUGUCUGAGAAAUGAAACAGUGAGGUGUACGCACUAGGUGCCUUUGACAGCCUGCACAUGGUAGAAGGCCAGUAUUACUUACAGGUAUGCAUAUUACUGAAGUGUCACACCACUGACCUGAGAACUUGCGGAGAGCCUGCGGGGUCAGCUUUUACCAAGUUUGAAGUCUCCCUCAGUGGCACAUUUGGAACGAGUUAUGUUUUCCCACAGAUCAUUCUUAGUGAGAGUCAGCUUACCCCUGAAAGACAUUAUGAGGUUUCAGGAGAUGGACGUCUGCAGAGCCGAGGCGGAGCCCCUUUGCCUUUCCUGGUUCUGGCCCUGUAUGGAAGAGUGUUUGAGAGGGACCCUCUGCGCUUAGGGCAGGGAACUGGGCAACUGCCAUGA